AUGCUCGUCGCGACGCCGUACAUUAGAGACAAAGCGUACUCUCGCUCUUUCGGUGUCAGAUUCGUGCGCUUGGCGACAAGUGCGACGCUGACAGCUACUCCAAAGUCGUCACUGCCGUGCCGAUGCUUCACACCAACUGUCAGCUGGGCAGCCUACCUCUCUGGCGGAAAUGUGUGCACAUGCGACUCUCAAGUGCCUGGACAAAACUACAAGGAAAUGGUGAAGACGUGCGGGGCGUCUUCGUCGGAAAACGAUCUUCACGACUACCUCACCCAGCGCUACUACAUGUACGACAAACCACCGCUGGGCUCACAUUUUAUGAGCUUGUCGAGUUGGGAAUUGGUUGAAGAUCUGGCGUGCUUCCGGCGGUCUGUUCAACGACGCUUCAGCGUGCACAAUAUACACACCAUUUUGCAGCUUACAAACUUCCAUACUAACCCGCCCACGUUGAAGUUGACGAAAGCGUGGAAGCGCUCCUCUUCAUUGAGUUGUGUUGGAUCAUUCUCCAAUUUCCCCCCAAGCGAUCACGACCCAGAUCAAGACCUGUCAAUACUCGCGAUGGUUGCUCGAGUUGUUGCGAAGAAAGGCUCCGUGUGGUUUAGCGACCCUUCCACGUACCCUCUUCUUGCUGCUUUAGGCGUGGCUACCGUCAUGUGCGCUGCGACUGGUGUGCGCCACCUCACCACGAGCCCCGACGUCAAAUGGGACCGUGAUAUCCGCAAGCAUCCGGAUAUGGCACUCAAGGACCGCUCGGAGUGGCGCUCGCACCGUAAGUACAUCUCGAGUCUGCACUCGAACGCCGUCAACGCCUACCACGACAAGUAAACGCCUGCAUUAAGCUCCAUCAGUCUGUCCGUUCGAUCUUUCUUAAAAAAAAAAUACAACGUCGUCUACUGUGUCAA